AUGAUUCGGAAUUUAUUGACCGUGUUCUUGAAAGCUAUCCUAACUUCAAAUGCGUUGUUAACGAACGUUGUGGAACUUGAUGGCCAUACAGGACAAUGGUCCUUUAGCACACGUCGAUUAAAUCUGCACCUGCUUGACGUAUUACAUACCUAUGGUGGAAUUGUCCUCGUUGAUUCUACGAGACGUGGCAAACGAAUGCCUGAUGCGCUAUCGAAAACAGUUCCCAUUUGGAUUGCUACCCUUAACAAAUGCGUUUUUGAGAGACUGCGUCCCCAUGAUCUAAAAAAUCGUCAGCUUGUCUUUUUUCCUCCUUAUCUUCCAGAAACUGAGCGAUCUGCGAUGAGCCAGAAAUUAGAUGGCUUUGUGGAUUUACUAAUGAAUUCAGGAAUCAAUUUGGAGUUCAUUUCUUCAAAAUUGCAGAAGCCUAUGCGUCCGUUGUGGGCCACGCCAAACAGCACUCUUUCUUCCGCUCAAUUUGAAGACUACCAUACAGUAGUACUCGUCACAGCUAGCAAGCAAGUGCAUGACGGUUAUUCUAGAGAGUAUGGAUUUUUGUAUGUCCAAGGUGCUGCAGAUGAUGAAGAAGAAUGGGCUUCCGGACUUGGUCCUUUGGUGUUUUGGAAUCACGUAAACCAAGUUUUAUCUUUUUCAGAGGAAGAUUAUGCUCCAAAUGUUCAAAAUUUGCUUUCAAAAGUUUCCAGUAAUGACACUUGUAUCGCUGAUGCAAAUUUGGUUUCGAAUGCCCUCACCCACCUAAAACCGACAAAUAUAUUUAUCGGAGAUCGAAGUAAAUUUUCUUCUUUGACAAAUAAAAGAACUUUUCUAGCUGUAAAUUUCUCUUCUCAGGCAUUGAAUAUUCCUCAAGAAAUCCAUUGCCCGAUAGAUUCUGGUAAGAAGGGUGCUCAAAAUUUUCGCAAACAAGCGCCUAAACUUUUGUUAACACUAAAUGAAUCUAAACCCUCAUGGAUCACUCUAGAUUCCUUAUUUCUAUUGGAUGAUCAAUCUGGAAAAGAAAUUGCUCCUUGCUUCGCAUUGCUGCUUCUUUCUCUGUUUUAUGAUUCUGAUCUGCAAAAGCUUUCAAUGCCUUUAAAACUCGAAACCUCACAGACACACCUUGAUAAACAUCAGGUAAGACAACGACUGAUUAAGAUUAUCGAAAUGCAUCCAAAAACCAAUCCCUCUCGUGCUUUUCUGAUUGCCGUGAACACAUUAUUAUUGAGCUCCUCUUCCUAA